AUGAAGAUAGUUAUUAGUACCAAAUUUAAAGCAGUGUUGACUCUUAUAGGAGGAUUCUUUUUACUUUUGACAAAUGGCUCCAUAUUUUUGUGGGGUUAACUUAAUGUUUAUGUUACAUCAUAUUUUAGAUAGAAGGAGGAUGCUGGAUUAGAUUUAAGCAUAGGAGGAGCACUCUUUCCAGUAAUGAUGGCUUCUUUAGCAACAGGUAUCCCUUUUGGCAUAAAAUUACUUAAGUUUUUUGGUUCAGCUAGGGUCUGCUUACUAAUUAGUGUAGUUACUUCCUCUAUGAUGGUCAUUUUGUCAAGCUUUGCCCAAAGAUUUUACUAAUUUAUUAUCAUUUAUGGAGUUAUUGGUGGAUUUGCACAAGGAACUGUUUAUUUCGUACCAAUUUAUAUGGGUUAUUUAUACCUACCAAACAAUAAAGGUUUAGUUGCAGGGAUAAACACAUGCGGAUUUGCAUUAAAUGCCUUUUUUUUUGGAUUGCUCUUCUUUCACUAAGUUAAUCCUUAAGGAUUACCAUAAAUUAGCAAUCAUGAUGGAUAUUCAUAUUUUGAAGGUAGUUCUAUUGAGGUCGCUAGAAAUGUGCCUGAAGCUAUUAGAACUCUUGGAUAUAUUUUCUUAAGCGUCUCAGUUGUAGCUAGUCAGCUAAUCAUGUACCACCCAAAUUAAAUUGGUGAAGAAGAAAAGAGACUGAAAAGAUAACUAGACAAUAAAGAGAAAGAGAUAAAAGAUUUAAACUAGCUUAAGUAAAAAAUAUAAGAAGUAGAUUCUAAUUUUAAAAAAAAUAAUGAUUAAAUUCCUUAAGAAACGCUUUAAACAGAGAGUAUUUAAAAAGAUUAACAAUUAUUAAAUAAACAUAUUCACCUAGCAAAAUUAGAAGAAGAGUUGAUUUAACAGUAAAUCCUAAGAGUUAACCAUGAAGAUCAAUAAAAGGAACAAGUGUAUAUUUAUCCAGAAAUUUUAGAUUAAUUUACUCAAAAUUAAUCAGACAGCGAAAAUCAAAUUUUUCAUCAUCAUAAUUUAGUCUAAUUUAUGUAACAAGACCAUCCUAAUAAAGACUAACACAAGAACUCAUUUAUUUCUGUAGUUUCAUGUAAAAAUGAGUAAGAGCUUUAGCUUUAUUUAUAAUCAAAGGAGAAAUAAGUUGAAUAAAAUUUAAUAGAGUUGAAAAUAAAGAAUAAGCUUGCAGAAGAAUAAUUAAAUUAGUAAGGAGCUCCAUCAAUUGCGAUUUGUUUAAAGCAGCCACAGUUUUAUAUGUCUAUAUUUUUGGGAUUCCUCUCUAUUGGUUUUGGACUUUUAAUUAAUGGUAACUACAAACCUCUUGCUAAAGAUUAUGGGUUUACAAAUGAUAGCUUUUAAUCUUUAGUUGGUUCAAUUAGUGGAAUUGCAAAUGGAUUAUGUAGACCUAUGUGGUCAACUUUACUUGAUAAAUUUUCCUUCAAGAGAGUUCUUUAAGUAUUGCUUACAAUCGAAAUAAUCACAUCUCUUUCGCUAUAGUCUACACAUAUAAACUAAGUUUUCUUUAUUUUAUGGAUUUGCAUUAUUCACAUGACUCUAGGAGGUACUUUAGGAAUGUGGCCAGUCUUUUCCUCAUAAAUUAAUGGAGUAAAAAUUGGUUCAUAGCUAUAUGGAUUCUAUUGGUAUGGAUUUACGCUUGCUAAUCUCCUUUAAUUUUUGCUAGUUCUUUAUACUAAGAAAUCAAUUGGUUUCAAUAAAAUAUUUUAUAUCUACUUUGCUCAAGCAUUUGUUGCAUUAUGUAUUAUUACUUUCUACAAUUUUAAAGUAAAUUGGUCUAAACACUACAUCUCAACUCCUAAAACUUAGCAAUCAUAAACUAUAUUUGAAACUUAACUAUAAUCAGAACCAGUUUAAUAAUUAAUAACUUUAGCAAAAUGA